AUUAAAAGAAGACAAGCGAAAUCUAAAGAAGACUGUGUUGUGUUACCUAGACUAAGUUUUCACAGCGUUUUAAAAUAAUGAUUCAAUUCAACUUUUAUUAAAUCUUAACACCACACCUGCUCGUAAACAAAUGUGUUAAGCAAACAAAUACAAUUAGAGUUCAUGCCUGAUGUACCUACCUGUUUUUUUUUAUAAUUAUGGAUCAAAAUCGCAACAGGCGGGCUGAUUUAGAUAUUGAUAGUUUUCGCAGUGAUUUGGAGCCAGGGUUUGACAGAGCUCGUAUGAGAAGACAAUCGGGUGGCUUUGUGGAUUUGGGUAAUGAAUCACAAUAUGGUACAGGUGGUCACCAAGCCUCUGGUGCGAACGAAAUUUUUGCUGAUAUACAGGGCGAUGUACCUUGGUGGAAAUCCAACUUCUUUAUAUCACAACCCGUUCUAUUUGGAACUUGGGAUGGAGUUUUCACGUCAUGCCUCAUCAACAUUUUUGGAGUAAUAGUGUUUUUAAGAUCAGGUUGGAUUGUUGGUCAAGCUGGCCUGGUUAACGCAAUAUUUAUAGUCAUAUUUACAGUUUUUGUUGCUCUGAUCUCAGUUCUAUCAGCAGUAGGAAUAUGUGAGAGAUGUAGGAUUGAAAGCGGUGGAGUUUAUUUCUUACUGGCGCAUACUCUAGGCUCUAGAUUAGGUGGAGCUUUGGGUAUCAUUUACUGUUUUGGCCAGGCUGUGGGAUGUGCUCUCAAUGUGUUUGGCUUUGGUGAGUCCAUGGCUUCCCUGGUGGGCGCCGAGAACGCGUGGGCAGCCCGCGGAUUUGCUGUUGCCGCAGUACUGUUGCUGGGCACCAUCAACGUGGCCGGAGUCAAGUGGGUCAUAAAACUUCAGUUUGCCUUACUCCUGAUCAUUCUCUUGGCCGCUUUGGACUUCUUUGUGGGCUCCCUCACUGCAGUAACAGAUGAUAAAUUCCAAGGAUGGCUAAGUGGUGUGAUAAGCAAUAACACGUGGUCGAAUUACCAAGAUAACUAUACGUGGUUCAAAUGUUUCGGCGUGUUUUUCCCAACCAUCACGGGCAUAUUGGCCGGCAUCAACAUGAGUGGUGAUUUGAAAAACCCAUCUGUUAACAUCCCUAACGGAUCUUUAGCAGCCAUUAGCACUGGAACAUUCUUAUAUUUAAUGUUUAUUAUAACAUUAGCGGCCACAGUAACAAGAGACGCCUUGUUGACGGAGUUCUCCAUAGCGGCAGACAUAUCCGCGGUAAAAGUGCUGCUGCUUGCCGGCCUAUAUGUCAGCUCUAUGAGUUCCUGUCUCGGCGCUAUGUACGGCACCCCGCGAGUACUGCAGAGUAUUGCUAACGAGAGGGUCAUUCCUGGUUUAGAAGCGCUUGGACAUGGGAGAGGGCCAAACAAAGUGCCAAUUUACUCAAUGGUAGUAGUAGCUGUAGUGACGGUGACCUUUAUCAUCAUCGGUGAUAUCAACAAGCUCGCCCCCAUUGUCACCAUGCCAUUCCUCAUCACCUACGCUAGCAUUGAUUACUCUUAUUUUGCACUCGCUCAAACUUUUGAUUUACAACAUAGACGUGAAAUGAGAUUCCAGGGCCACGCACAGAGAGAUACUCAAGUAUAUGGUGCAACAGGAAGUGAUCUCGAUUUAUUGUUUCCCGAGAGAAUACGGCAUAAGAAUGUUGGUGAUUUCACACCAUCGCCGACUGAUUCCGCCUUAAUGAAUGGACGAACGGCAAACGGUGAUGUUGCCACGAGGAGGCCGAGCGUGGGCGUCCAUUCCAAAAAUACUAAUUGGUAUUCGCACCUAUGCAACAGAUGGUUAUCUCUAGCUGGAGUAGCCAUAAAAAUCUUGUUGAUGUUCCUGGUACACUGGGCGUACGCUCUUGGCUGCCUUUCCAUCCUGUGGCUCGUAUGGCUCUACAUAGGCGCCGCCAACCCCGCCGUGAAGCCCGGCAGAGCUUCCGAGUUCCACUUCUUCCAUUGGCUGAAGAUAUCCUUCUUGCAGGCUAUAGGAAAACGUCCAUUGGAAUACGAGCAGCUAGUCGUUACUCCAGUGCAUGCGGACAUUUCGAUGGAACAAGAAAGACUGAAUGAUGACAACGAAGACUUCGCCUCACGCCGGCGCUACCACCAGUCCACAGCUCUGCAGGGCCACCUAGUGGACGUCUAUAACGAUGCAAGACCUGGCCUUGCGUAACUUAAAAUAUUUAAAGCCUUUGUGAUUGAUAGACUAAUCUAUAAAUGUACAUUAAGUCUUAAUCGAUACGUAACUUUUCCAUUUCCUUCUUUUUAUUCAUUUCCAAUUAAUGUCACUGUUCAAUGAUAACUGCAUUUACAAGUGGUUAUGACCGUAUUUCUAUUGUACUUAUAUUCUCUAACUGCAUCUUGACUCCUAUAUUUAUAUAUAUCUGACUCUGCUAAUAGGCAAUAUCACAAACUAAAGAAACAAUAACUAUUUAAAAAAGAAACUAACAGCAGAAAAAAACAGAAGAGAACUAUAAAAAAAAUACCUUAAUAUUUAUCCAUUAUACACUUAUAAUUUUAUAGUAAGUGAAUCUAAAAAAAAUUCAAUUUAAACUUUAAGAAUUAAAAAUAUUACAAAUCGAAACAUGUUUAGAUUUUAUAUCUGUGUAUUUAUGUUUAUAAUGACGUACCUACAUGUUAAUAAUAAAAUCAUUAUUUUUAUUUAAAA